GUGGGUACCCUGUGUGUGUGAACGUGGCGUCUGUUCGAGAAUCAUGCUGAAAACAUACCGUUGUUUGCUCAAGAAUCUAGAAUUUUUAGUACUAAAUGACUCUUAAACGCGGCCGUACUAGGACCCCUAGGUGGUCUAGUCUAUUUUCUAGGCGAUGCAUUAUUGUAAGUGCAAUUCUAACUCUGGUCUUCUUGAUUUUUGUAUCUUCGCAAAUUCGUCUUGAUCUGGAAGAAAAGUCGUUCUUUCGCAAGAUCAAACUGGUAAAGCAUAGCUGGUUUGAGCGGCAAUAUGUCGGUAGUUGGAUCCAGGGUAAGCUCUUGGCGAUGAAAUGGGAAAGCUACGUGGACGCCUAUUGCAAACAAGGCAAAAGUCUUGCCUUAGGGGGGGGCUAUACUAAAGACGACUAUCUUGACUGGACGGUCGAAAUUGCAGAACAACUUGGCUUCAAAGAUGGUCACUCUAUUUUCGAUAAUGGAUGUGGCUGUGGGGCAUUUCUGGUUGCAUUUAAUCUCACAUACAAUAACGUAAAAGUCGGUGGCUUGGAUCUGAGCAACGGUGCAAUUACAUUCGCAAAGGAGACAUUCCCUCAGUUCAAAGAUAAUUUCAAGGUUGGAAGUGUUGAAGACUUGUCCUUUGUUGCCACAGAAACAUUUGAUCACGCCAUGACGUUCUUUACAUUUCCGUAUGUGAGCCCAGAAGUACAGUGCAAGGCAGUCAAGGAGAUGGUCCGAAUUGUCAAACCAGGGGGGACACUCUAUGUAGGCCAUAACCUAGAGAGCGACUGUUUUAAGAAUCACAUCGGUAUCUACACCCUCCCCCUGUGUUUCUGGAAUGAGCAAUGCCUUGCAGGAAGUGAUGACAUUGAGGAAAUUUAUUAUAUCAAAGAAAGGGACCUGUUUGGUGUUGUGAAAUACUGUCCUGAAAAAAGUGCAGUCUUUAUCCGUAAAAAGGGCGUAGAGAAGCAACUCAAACAACAUGCAGGAAAGUACUAUUGUGAUAGCAAGUUUCCCCCUUCAGGGAGAAAAAAUUGAGCAAAUUUAUUUUCAGAAGUGAACAAAGUAAAAUUAUUGAUUUAUAACUACUCAUGUAUCAAGUAAACAUAGUAAACUUUACGGCUGGAUGUCACAUUUUUUUAGAAUUGGAGCAAUGGAGAGGACAGCUAUGGCAAAUUGCUUGGUUUGAGAUUAUGACAGCCAUUAUAAGCUUUCCCAAACCCAAAUUAGUUAAAUUAUAAAAAUAGUUAAACAUUUGUGACAUAUCUCUUAGUCUCACAUCCACAGCUAGGAUAGAACCUUCACUUCUUACCACUUUGAUGUUUUUGCCUGCAAUGUCAAGGUGUUAUAGUUACCGUAAAGUUGUAGGUUACCUUUUAUGGUAGCUAUUACACACAGGGAUACAGUAUAAUUUACAAUACUGUACAAUACUGUUAUUUUAAAGUAUUUGUAAAACGAAAAAACUAAGGAGUAGCUUAUUUGUGCUAACCUGGCACCUACCCCUAAAUAAAGUUAGAAUUAUUAAAACGUAUCUUCUGCCUAAAAAUACUUAACUGGUUUGCAGGUAUGAUUGGUGUAAAUGCCACCUUGUUUCUAUCAAAACCCAUCAAUGUUUACUCAAUGGUUGUUGGAUCAUUUUUCACAUAGCACCCACAUCUAAUGUGUUAAAACACAACUGCAUUUGAUAAAAAAAAAAACUUGCAUCUAAAUCUCAAAAGGGGCUGACACUUAACUAGACCCUCCACAUUUUUUGGUUGUAAACUAUAUCUCUAGUUCAUUGUAUGAAAAAAAAAUAUUUAGCUUUGAUGAUUAUUGUUAUAAUUGAUGCCCAAGUUUAUUUUAGCAUAAAGUAAAUAAAAUCACAAGUAACACUA